GAUUUUCAGUUUUUAGUUGAUAUUUAACGCGAUAAGUCACUGCAAUCGGUAUACACACGCAAUAUAUUCAGACUUACGCAAAAAAAGGCGAGAGAAGAUUCUAAGAGCCCUCUCAAAACGAAUUGUUAUAUAUACACACACUCAACACAGAACAAAAAGGAAAUGAAAAACACUACAAGAAAUACUCGAUUCUAAUUAGAUUUGCAUUACCUCAAAUUACCAGCAACGCAAACAGUUUCAACAAUCGAUUGUGAUUUAUUUAUUCAGUUCGAUUCAGUUAAAUUGUUUUGUGCAUUUCAUUUUUAUUUCGUUCAUUCGGUCGUUCAAUUAAUUUAAAAAAAGAAACAAAAUUUUCUGAUUUGUUUCGUAUUCGGUGUGUGCUGUUUUUGAAAAAUACCAACAUUUUUAAUGAACAAAUAACAAUGCCCAUUUAAUCACUUAUCACGUAUGAAAUCUGUUUAUUUUUCGUUCUAUUUUUGGUUUCAUUAUGUUUUCGAUUGAUUUUAUUUGAAACGGUUCGGUGGUUUUUUUUCUCGUGUCGGUGUGGCAAAAAUCCGUUGCUAAAAAGUGCGAUUGUUUCUUCAUGACUUAUGAUUUUAUUUUUUGUUCAAAAGUGAAAAACUAUGUAUUUCGAUAAAUUAAGUCGAUAUAAGAAACCAAUAUUCUAAAGAAAAUGUAUUAUCAUCGAAUGUAAGAGAAGAUAUUCCAAAAGGAACAAAACAACAACCGAAAAAAAAAUAAUAAAAAUAAAAAAAGGCACAUUUCAUCCAAAAUCAUAUCAAACAGAAUAUGAAAGUUUUGAGUAAAUUAUGCUUUCUGAAAUAUUUCAAGAGCUGUAUUGACGACGAGGAUGUUGUUGAUGCAAAUGGAGCAUUAAAGAAAUGCAACUACAAGGAAACCAAAUUACAAAACAAGGAAACGAACAUUACAAAUUCAAUUCAUUGCUCAAAAGCGCGUGCUAAUAUGACAAUGGACAGUGGCAAACGUUUUAUCGGUCCCGUUGUGAAUGCAUCCCAUGGUAAAAAUGUAGCCAACUGAAAAGGAAAAUAGAUAGUAAAAGUAAACGCAUCACUUCGUCUAAUUGGCACAUUCUACCCGCACGUUGUUCGACAUCGCGUGGAUAACGACGAUCAUCAAAACAAAUCACAAGACGAUUUGUGGCCGCCAAAUCAACGGAGUGAAAGUGAUUGAGUGUGUAGAGUAGUAGAGAGAAGAAAUAAAGUUGAAGAAAAAAAAAAGAACGGGGAGAGAGAACGGAGAGCACAAAGAAGCACGAAAGAAGCUAAGUGAGAAAAUUCGUCAUCCUCAGUGUCAUUGUGCGUUUGGUUGAUUCGGUUUAUUUAGUUCAUUUUUUUUAAAUGUGAAUGUGGUGUGUGCGUGACAUUUCACAGCACACUUUGUGAUAUGAAUCGAAUUCGGACGACUUUUACAAGGUCUAGAACACCAACAGGUGCCGAAAUGAAAAUGCAAAGCAGUCUGGAAGUGCCGCGACAGGUUCGGUCCACAUCGUUCGAUGAAUUCCAAUUGGAAGCGAAUCGAACGACAAAGAAUCUCAUCGAUCAAACAUCGACCGAUGAAAGUUCGGCGGCAUUAUUACAAGUUCCGCAAUUUCAAUUCGGUGCCCAACGUUCGCGUAGCGUUGAAUCGGGUUCGAUUGAUUCGAAUAUAGCCAGUUAUCUCGAAGUACCAAAACGAUUUCAACGACGUCGAUCAUCAAACUCAAAAUCACCGGUGCACUGUGUGCAUUGUAUGUAUAUUGAAGAGUAUGAACGGUGUUUAGAAAGCGGUGGAUCGGCUUUUGAUAAACCAAAAGACAAUGAAGACAACAACUCAAGCGAUACAUCGAUUAGCGAUGACGACGACGACACUGACGAAUCAAUACACAUCGAAACAACCGACGAAAAUAAUCAUCUAACCAUUCCUACACUAAUACCUCCUCAUUGCAACAUUAAGUUUUCACUAUCGCAUGCAACUGAUGCAUUUCCUUUACAAUCAGCUAAUGAUGAUACAACCGCAGCAUCACCACCGCCACAGCCACCAAUUGAAACACAAUGUGAUAUUCAGCCUGUACCCGCUAUUGAUAUUGAACUACAAUUGCACGCAAAUCGUGGACGACGCCGUUCGAUAUCACGUCAAGAGGCGAUUUUCAUUGAACCAACCGGUAGCUCAUUGGAGAAUCUUGAUUCGGUUAAAUCGCCAACCGAAACCACACCCAAAAAAUCAACAAACAACGAAAAAAAACUACUGAACACUAGUGGUGAUUCAAACGAUUAUGUUCAGGAUUAUUUUUUAACUGUGCCCGAAACCGAUUUACGGCGCGAUCGUGCCGCUUCCGUUGAUUCAAGCUUUUCGAAAUUAACAUCAAAUGGCAAAACAGAAGAAUUACAAUCAAAAAAUGAUGGAUUUUUAUCGGUGCCAACAAAUGCGGUUCGAUCACGAUCGGUAGAUAUUGUAUUGCCCACCAAUGAACAAGCACGAUACAAAGCGCUUUCAUUGGCUGGACCAUCGAUGUCUAAACGAAACGAGGCGAGAAAAAUCAGUCAAGUACCUGAUUGGAGUGACAGUGCGCAGGCCGGCGAUCAUUUAUGGCAGCCAACAUCGAUUUCGGGCGAUUUUUGCUAUGUCGGCGAAAGUGAAUGUCAGAGACACGGGCCCCGUAUGAAGUGUUCGGCAUGCAGGAUGGUGGCUCAUACCAGUUGCAUUUCGAUUAUUAUGAAUCGAACACAAUUUUCAUGCAAACCAUCAUUCCGAGACGUAAGCAUACGGCAAUAUGGUGAGAAGCGAACUAAUCACCAUCAUUGGAUCCAUCGUCGAACGGAAAAAGGGAAAUGUAAACAGUGCGGCAAGUCGAUUCAAGCGAAACUAUCGUUCAGUUCGAAGGAAAUAGUUGCAAUAUCAUGUGCCUGGUGCAAAUCAUCAUAUCAUAAUAAGGAAUCAUGUUUCAAUCCAGAGCGAAUUGGCGAAGAGUGCUGUCUUGGUGAACACUCGAAUAUCAUUGUGCCACCAUCAUGGAUAAUAAAAUUGCCGCGUAAGGGUAGCUUCAAAUCAUCGUUGCGAAAACAGUCACGGAAAAAGGAAGUUUCGAAAAAGAAAUCAAAAGAAAAGGAAUCUAAAGCAUUUGUAAUUAAGCCCGUUCCAACGACCAAAAUCACGCCUGUACUGGUGUUUAUCAAUCCAAAAAGUGGUGGAAAUCAGGGUGUCAAACUUUUGCAAAAGUUUCAAUGGCUACUGAACCCUCGUCAAGUAUUUGAUUUGACACAAGGUGGACCAAAGAUGGGAUUGGAAUUGUUUCGAAAAGCGCCGCAACUACGAAUUUUGGCAUGCGGUGGCGACGGUACAGCCGGAUGGAUUUUAUCGGUUUUAGAUCAAUUGCAUUUUGAAACACAACCGGCUGUGGGUGUAUUGCCGUUAGGAACUGGCAACGAUUUGGCACGUGCACUGGGUUGGGGUGGUGGUUAUACCGACGAACCGAUUUCGGCAAUUCUCAAAAAUAUUGGCGAUUCGGAUACAGUGGUGUUGGAUCGAUGGAACUUAAAAGUGUCACCGAAUCCGGACGCAAAAGAUGAAAAAGGACGCGGUGGAAAAGACAAUUUGCCUUUGAAUGUUGUGAAUAAUUAUUUUUCAUUUGGCGUUGAUGCUCAUAUUGCACUCGAAUUUCAUGAAGCACGCGAAGCGCAUCCGGAACGAUUCAAUUCACGUUUACGUAAUAAAAUGUUUUAUGGCCAAGCCGGUGGAAAGGAUUUGUUGAAACGCAAAUGGAAAGAUCUCUCUGAAAUGGUGACUCUUGAAUGUGAUGGAAAGGAUAUAACGCCAAAAUUAAAAGAGCAUCGUGUACAUGCAAUCGUAUUUUUAAACAUUCCAAGCUAUGGCGGUGGCACACAUCCAUGGGCCAGUUCUGGUGGCAAACAAGCCACCGACGAUGGUCUUAUCGAAGUGGUUGGCUUGACCACAUAUCAAUUGCCAUUACUGCAGGCUGGAAAACACGGUACAUGCAUCGCACAGUGUAAAACAGCGAAAAUUGUUACGUCAAAGACAAUCCCAAUGCAGGUAGAUGGUGAAGCAGCCAAGCUAAAGCCAUCGAUCAUUGAAUUAAGUUUACUGAACCAAGCUUUGAUGUUGGCUAAAAGAAAACCGGGUAGAGUUAAUGUAAUGCAAACUAGCAAUGAACAAAUUCCUAUAACAAUAAAUAAAAUAAGUAUGACUGAUUACGAAACUCAUCACUACGAUAAUGAUUUGCUCAGACAAUCGGCCACAUUCUUUGCGACCAUUAAACUGAACGCUAUGACAGAUCUCGAACAAAUUCGAAAGACCAUCGAUAGUUACGGCGAAGAAAAUGCAAACACACCAAAAUUAUUAUCAGAUUGGUGUUUCCUUGAUUCCUGUACUGCCGAACGAUUUUUCCGUAUUGAUAAAGCGCAAGAGAAUUUGCACUAUUUAACUGAUAUUGCCACCGAAACAAUGUACAUAUUAGAUCAAGAGCUUAUGACAUUACCACAAACACCGGACGAUGAACGUGCCAUACCAUCUGGAUUGCCCAGCAAACGAAGCAACAAUUUUAGCUCGGGAUCCAGUGAUAAUUUGGAACGUGAAUCACAUGAAAAUACACCAACAUCACCAUUCGCCAAUCAGACAUUCUUCUUGUCGGCCGGACCCGGUUCGAAUUCGGAUUCUGGAAUGGAUUCACGAAAAUGUAAGACAUCCCAUCCAUUUAGCCUCAGCCAUGCGCUUAGCUUAAUGCAUUCAAAUGCUUUCGUUUUCCAAGACUCGCAAGAUUCGCCAAAUUCGCAAAACAGUCCAAAGCAAUCGGAUGACAAGGAUGACUUUGCCGAUCCAAAUGUCUCAUUCGAUCGCAUGGUCAAUUUCAAAAGCUUUCAUGAAAGGCUUUUUGGCCUUACACAAGAUGCUUAUGGAUUCAGUAAUUUAUUGGAAAAAACCACCGAUGCUGUGAUAAAAGCUGCUAAGACAGGCAACUUUAUAAUGUUGCGUGAUUUGCAUAUGCAGGGUUAUUCAUUACUAUCAAUCGAUGCAACUGGUCAAACGGCCCUUCAUUUUGCGUGUAAAUAUGGUUACAAAGAUAUCGUCAAGUAUUUGAUAUCUUAUGCUCCGAAUUCAAUCAUCAAUAUGGUGGAUAAUACAACGGGCCAUACGGCGUUACAUAAGGCCGUACAGCAAAAACAUCGAAACAUUUGUUAUAUGCUUGUGGCAGCCGGUGCUAGCCUUACGAUGCGGGAUUCGAAUGGACUAACACCAAUGAUGAUCGCUUUUCAAGUGGAGGACAACGAUUUGGCAACCUAUCUGGAAAGUCAAGAAAAAAUGUUGCGACCAGAGUUUGUUGAAGACAUUUAAAACUCCUUUGCUCGCUCAUUCACACACACAUACACAUCUACACUCAAAAUUUGAUAGAAACAGAAUUUACGACACAGGGAAACGAGAAAUAGCAUUAAAAUUCAGUGAUGACCAAACAUAAAAAUUAACGGAAAACCAGAAUGGCAAACCACGGUAGUCGUGAGCACUACUAUGCAAAAUGGAAUCAAAAACUUUUAACACGAAACACAUCAAUAAACUGGAAUAAUUAAACGAUUUGGAAAUGUAUCAAGUUUUUGAGAGGAACCAAGGACGUAUUUAUUUAUUAAAGUAACUAUAGCUUGUACAAUGAAAAUCCAUUAUUUACCAUUUGCUACCUAUACCAUACACACACACUCUCACACUCACAAAAUGCAUACAUUAAUUAUGUCUAUACACAAUCAAUAUACAUACAUACUACAUAUAUAUAAAUAUAUCGUUGAACCGCGAUGAUUAUGAUGAAAAUCUAAAACCAAAACAUACUUAUGCUUGAUUACGUAUACCUAUAUCGAAUACUAACUAUUAACUUCUAGCUAAAACAAAGUAACUAUUUUACCUAAAUGCAGCAACCGAAAUAUAUCAUAUUGUAGAGAAAAAAAAAAAAAAAAAA